AUAGAAGCGGAAAGUACAAAUUCACCACGAAUAAAGUUGAACACCACCGAGUUGGUAUAUUUUAACGAGCAAUUCGUUGUUUGUGGCGUUAGCAGUUGUGCAGUAAUUUACGUGGGGUCCGGUUGUAAAUUUCUUAUAGUUUUGAUAAAUAAAAGUGAGAAAUAAUAAUAAAGCAGCGCAAAUAUUUCAUGAAUAUAAUUUUGCACAUCUUUAAAACAUAUCAAUAAAGAAGAGGCACGUGAUUUUAUUUGUGUGCGAUCGUGUUAAUGCUAAACAAUAGAAGGAAGUGAAAAGCAGCUCAAACGGCAGCCAAUUUAAAAUUGCACUUCGUAUUAAAUUACGAAGUUUGUUGGGAAAGGACGGCGUGUUCAGGAAUAGUGGCAAAUACGCAAGUUGAUCAUAUACUUGAAAUACCGUUUGACUGUGGCUGGUUAUUCUAUGCCCUUCAAUUUAUGUUUACAACAGUGACUUCAAAAUUGUUGCGGCCAACGAGAAUAUAGCGGUCCUCGAACGAGCAAUUUGUUCACCUUUUAAUUUGUAUCCUCCAAAGUUACUUCAGUAACCUUGCCCGUAUUUUAAAGUUUCUUUGAGUACUACACUUUUUGUAAUGUCUGCGUUAGCAACAUUGUCUAAUCCAACACCCAUUGAUGCGCCUGGCGCUGGUGUUGGCUCGUCAUCAACAACAAGUGGCGGCAGCAGCAACAAUGUCGAGCGCCGUUGUGAAAGUGCGGAUUGUAGCGUCAUAAAACUUGUCUCAAUGGUGCCCAAACGCAAAAUCACACAAUUCGUUACAGAGCCUUCGGUAAUGGAAAAACCUAUGCUAAUAAAUGGUUUCACAACAGUGUUCCAAGUGGAGGGCAAUUCGGCCAAGUUGAGUGACUUGAAAAAUCCUAAUCCUACCAAAGGCGUUCAACCCAAAACUAUUUUUCGUAUUGUACCAAACACACAUGCGCACAUCGUGAAUUAUGUUGUCGUUGAUGCGGACGGUGAUUCCUUACGCAAAAUUAAUGAAGGUGAUCCGGCAACAAUGCGUAAGUUGCUUGAAUCUCAAAAGGUGAGCGCCGAUCAAAUGUUAAAAAAGCUCAUGGCAGGGCAUGGUCCCAGCGUGCCGAUUGUCUGCAAUGCCGCACCGAUGCCAACGGGUGUAAAUACUAUAACUUCAACGGCCCCAUUAAAUGCGUCAGCCACUACAAAUACUGUCGCCGUAUCCGCCACAACAACACCUACAAUUAGCACUGCUAAUGCAAAUGUGCGUGCCAACCCUGCGACAUCACCAGCGGUUACUCCUGGUGGCAGUGCGGCAAAAGCAUCAGCUAUACAAUUACCUAUGCGUAUGCAUCCGAAUUUAAAGAUAACUGCUGUGGCUAGCAGAGAAAAUUUUGGACAACUAGUGGAAUCAAAUUUACCUACAAUGCAGCCGUUGCAUAUGCCAGCACCUGCCGUACCCACGGUACCACUGAUAACGCCUGUGCCACUGGCGAAUUUGCAGAGCUCACCUGUUGUUGCUGCUCCUGCUGCUACUGCUGCUGCGACCACAGUGGAUAAGCCAAAUAUCGAUAAAAUGCAAGCUGAACUGGCAGAAUUACGACGCACUGUUGCUAUGCUUGCUGAGGCUAUGCCUAUGAAUCCACAAGCUCAGAAGGCGCUCCAACAAACGUCGUCCCAACAACCGCCUCGCGCAAUGGGCGUAAAGCGACAGCGCCUCAAUUAGUCAGCUAAUCUGCUUAUUUAAAUUAGCUUUAUGUCGAGGUUUAGGGAGGUAUGCUGGCAAACGCACAAAAAGAGAAUAGUUAGACUGUAGAAAUAGCUUUUUUUUAUCCAAAGAAAAGUUAGGCAUUUGCCGAUAUUUUAAAUAUGUGACUUUUAUUGGUAAGCCGUUUUCAAUAUAUAAAACUUGAGUUUUGGAAA